AUGAAAAUGGUGAAUCAUCAUGCUAAACUGGUUUUUUUGUCGGUUGUUAGAAAAAAAUCUUUCAUGUAUACCAGCUAAUUUCCUAUUUGCUUAGGCGAGACUUGCAUUUUUCAGAUAAAUUUUGGCUGGAGUUCGUCACCGCUUACAGUACUUCCUGUUUUAAACCUCACGUUUUAUUCUAGUGCGUCAGUGUUGUGUACUUGUAGAUUGGCCUUCAUUUUUUAAUCGUGAGAAUAGUUGUUGCGUAUAGUCUUGAUUUUGUUGCAUUUGCUGGUUCUGGGGUUGUCAGCGUCUGAUUUGAGGUUUUUAUCCCAUUCAUGAUUAUUUUACGUUCUGUCAGUUCGGCCAGGAAAUAUUAAGUUGCCGAAAAUGAUGCAAAAACUAUCUUUGCUGUUGUUUUUGUCUGUGAUGAUCUCCUACGCCCAUUGUGACGGGGUACGUGCUGGACCGCCUGCCUCAAAGUCCCAAAAUGCUGUGAGAUCCGGAACGGAUGUCCAGGCAGCAGCGCAACCCAGUUCAGCCACUACUAAUCAGGCUACUGCGAGCGGAUCAGCUUCUAAACCCGCCGUGCAAACCAGUUCUGACGAUUCGAGCGGCGGAUCGGACGGACAGGCAGCGGUCAAUCCCGCCCCAGCAGCGGCUCCCAAUGCAGCAGGCAAUCCCAACACAUUCUCCGGUAUCCGUGACGAGUUUGUCGGUGGUGUGGGGGCGAUCCGUGAUUCGGCAGGUCGUCUCAUCGGGCUGACUGUGGGCACUGUUGCGUCGGGGGUGUCGAAUGCCGUGCACAACGUCAAGGAAGGCGUCGUCGGCGCCGUGAACGCCGUCGAGGAAGGUGUUGCUAAUGCGGUGCGGCCCGUAGUGGAUUUUGGGGGGCGGGUGGUCAAUAAGACCGUCCAGAUUACUGGUAAUGUGGCCAACGCUGGACACCAGAUUGUUGAUGUAUGGGGACAGAGCUUCAGGGACACCAGGAAUAUUACGGGCCAACUGGUUGGUCGUCGUCGACGCUAGCAAAUCUACAUUUUUUCUAUUCUGUUAUAACAAUUUUAAUUAAUACGUAUUUUUGACUGGUGUUUUCUUAUGCAGUGUAUGCAGGCGCACUUCUAUGGCACACCUGUAAGCUGGUUCCGUUAUGCAUUCGAUUAAAUGUGUGCUAAAAUUAUUCCAAAUUGUAUGUGUGUUAUUACACUACGCGCCAUCCAUAUAUGUAUAAUGUAGUGAACCUAUAAGCAGAUGCUUUUGAGGUUUUAACUAUGUCGAGGCAACAUCACUUCCGGUCAGUUUAAAUGGUUGGCCUGUAUAAUAAAGCGCGGUUGGACAGAAUGA